ACUUCCGGUUGAGUCGAACGCGCCUUUGUACACAACAUGGCGGUGCACACAUGUACAUGCCGGUGACAUUGACAAGAGUUGAUGAAGGAUUGGCAUUUAACAUAAAGUAAUUAAGAGAUCUACUAACCAAAAUGCUGAGCUGGUGCAGGAUAUCGCCUGUAAUAUUGCGAGCCGUGACCAGUCUUGCAGGGCAAACUCCAAGACAUGUUGGGGUUAUGAAAUCAAGACAGAUCUGUUGGACAAAGAAAUGUUCGGUGGUAAGGCUAAGCUCCAGCGCCAAAACCAAAAAUACUCGCCAUGAAAACCAUCAAGAAAAUCUACAACCAAAACAUAAAAAGAAUGUUUCACAAAAUAUUCAUCCAAGUGCACAAAAAAAGGCAUCAAGCAAAUUCGCAAAACAAAAAGAGAUUCCUUUUUCUGUUGAGCAGAGUCCUCACUACAUAAAGUCCUCAUUUGAUGACACGUUUGAUAGUGAGCUUGAAAACCAACACAAGGAGGACAAAAUUCCAUCAAACCACUCGCUGAUAUAUAUUGACACGUUCCAGCGAAAUGCCCUGAUUAGAAAUACAUGUUCCAGAUUUUUUCUCAGUGGUUUAGAAGUUUUUUUAGUAAACAGUUUGUAUCAACAGUGGCAGAGUCUGGUCAGUGUUGGCCAAGACCCGUUCUCUCUCUCCAAUCUUGCGUUUUUAAUCACAGCAGUUGCAGCACUUAUUGCCCCUUUCACUGUGGGAAUAAUACAACUUGAUAGCAGAAAACGUAUCUUACGAAUUUAUAGGGAAAACGAUAAAAAGCAAAACAAAUAUAUUGCUGUAAAAACACACUGGGUGUUUUGGACUAAACAACAGCACUUCACUGGCAAAGACAUCAAAUAUAUGCAAGAAUGGGAAACGUCCAUAUAUGGUCUUGUUGCUGGUAAUGUAACCAUCAACCGAACGCGAUGUCGAGUCUUACCAGACUGCUUCAGGGAAUUUAGCGGUUACAAUGAGUUUUUAGGAUUCGUACCGACAAGUUUUCAAGAAACAAAAUAAGAGGACUUUUUGACUUUAAAGUAAUUUCGGGUAAAAUAAAUGUAUAAAAAUUCUGUAUUAAAGAAUUUUAGAUAUCUGGCUGUUUUACAUAAUUGCUCAUGCAUCUCAUUUGAUUUUGUUUUGAAAAACUUCAGUAUUAUAUACACAAAGUGACCCAAUAAGUUUUGCUUCUGAUUCUUUGAUCCAUAAUGUUGGCUUCAAUUAGAAACAGUAAACCUGUCUGUAUA